AUGGUCUCCACCACAGAAAACGGACACACUGCUGAGCGCGGCUUUGGGACACUGGCUGUCCACGCUGGCUCCCCCCACGACCCGGUGACCGGCGCUGUUAUUGCUCCGAUCUCCCUGUCGACCACAUAUGCUCAGACCAGUGUCGGAAGCCCCGUCGGUCUGUACGAGUACACUCGCAGCUCCAACCCCAACCGUGAUAACUUCGAGCAAGCCGUCGCAGCUCUCGAGCACGCCAAGUACGCUCUUGCCUUCUCCUCCGGCUCCGCCGCUACCGCCAACGUUCUCCAAUCCCUUGCUGCUGGCUCGCACGUCGUUUCGGUCUCCGAUGUUUACGGAGGUACCCACCGAUACUUCACCAAGGUUGCUUCGGCGCACGGUGUCCAGGUCACCUUCACCCCUUCCAUUGAGCUGGAUGUGGAGCAAUUGAUCCGCCCCGAGACCAAGCUCAUUUGGAUCGAGACCCCCUCCAACCCUACUCUUGGCUUGGUGGAUAUCCGGGUUAUUGCCAACAUUGCCCACAAGCACAACAUUCAGGUCGUUGUCGAUAACACUUUCAUGAGCCCCUACGUCCAGAACCCAUUGGACCACGGUGCCGACAUUGUUGUCCACUCCGUCACUAAGUACAUUAAUGGUCACUCCGAUGUCCUGAUGGGCGUGGCCGCCUUUAACUCCGAGGCUCUCAAGGAGCGUCUCAGCUUCCUCCAGAACGCCAUCGGUGCCGUCCCCUCCGCAUUCGACUGCUGGCUCGCCCACCGUGGUCUUAAGACCCUGCACCUGCGCGCACGCGAGGCAACCAAGAACGCGACUAUCGUCGCCAUGGCCCUUGAGGCCUCCCCUCACGUUAUCUCCGUCAACUACCCCGGCAUUGACUCCCACCCCGACCGCGCUAUUGCCCUCAAGCAGCACCGUGACGGUAUGGGAGGUGGUAUGCUUAGCUUCCGCAUUAAGGGUGGCCAGAAGGCUGCUCACGAUUUCUGCAAGUUCACUAAGGUCUUCACCCUCGCCGAGAGUCUGGGAGGUGUUGAGAGUCUGUGCGAGGUUCCCUCUAGCAUGACCCACGCUGGUAUUCCCAAGGAACAGCGUGAGGCCGCCGGUGUCUUCGAUGAUCUUGUGCGCAUGAGCUGUGGUAUUGAGGACUCUGUGGAUCUGCACGCCGAUGUGAUGCAGGCCCUCAGCAAGGCUGCUAAGUUGGCUUAA